GGGCUAGGGAUGUGGCUCAGUGGUCUAGGGCCCCUGAGUUCAAUCCCCAGUACACCCUCCUCCCCCCAAAAAAGCUUGAAAUGGAAAAUCAGGAGAAAACCACCCUCCUGGAAUAAGCAUGGGGAGAGAUGUUGGAGGGAGAGGAGGCUUGUUUUGACCUUGGGAUAUGGGAAGGAAGAAGGGAAUCAGGGAGUUUUGUGGACAGAGGAGUCUACUUCCUUUGAAGCAACUGCCUCUUAGGCUGGAAAGGCACAGCCCAUCCAUCAGCCCCCUGUAGAAAAGGGAGCAAAAUUCUCUCUAGGGUAAUCCUGAAGAUUUGUUGGGGCCAACUGCCAAAUGUUGGGGGGCUUCCCCAGAGACCACCAGAAUCUGGCUGUGGAUACUUUGGUGCCUCCAGGUGGUAGCCUGUGGUGCUGCAGCAGAAUGUGUGUGAGGUGGAGGGUAGGCAGCACAGCUGAGCUCACCACCAAGAGAGCGCAUCCAUUCCUCCCGGGCCUAUAAUUUGGGUUCCCCCGGCCUGGCCGCCCCUAUCAGCGGCUUAGCAACAGAUGAGUCACCCAAGACCCCGGGCCAAGGCAAACAUGAGGGGAGGAGGAGGAGGAGGUUCCCGAGGCUGUGACUGGGUUUAGCCACCGCCUCAGUUACUUGAUUCCCCCAAUCUCCAGGGGCCCCCACUUUUUUCUUUGACCCCCGCCCUCCAGGGCCCCAGUGUUCUUCCCACAUUGUUCUGUUACGCCCUCCAUCCUCAUGAAUGGAAGAGCAGCCCUUUAUUCUUCUCAUUGAGAGGAAUGGGGACCAGCUUGCUCCCACUCCCUUGCUGCAGUGAUGACAGCCCCCCAUUCGCCCCCUCCUGUCAUAGCCCCAACCCUAGUCAAGGUCUCUCUGGUUCCUGCCCCUCCCCUUUCCUGGAGCUGGCCGCGUGCUUCGGGUAUUAGGCAAUGGGUGUGCACCCGCAGCCCUCUCCAGGCCCCGCCUGUCCCACCGCCCUUUAGCUGCCUGCGGGUCAGUGCUCAGGCCAGCCGGUCGGGCUGAGGGCACUGUGGGCCAGCUCAGGCCACCCAGUCAGCCUGCUUGUGGCCUCCUAUCCCAGAGCUAGGCUUCAGUGAGGAGAGGGAGCAGGCAUAUGCAUCCUUGGAUUUGAAACAUCCACCUUGGACAGCCACCCAAUCACUGAGAUGUUGAAACUUAUGGCAAUAGUUCUGACCCCGGUCCCAUCUUGUCACCUGCCUGGAGUCUGAGGAUAGAAUCAAAGGCAAAAACAAAAACAAACUAAAACUGGACAAAAUCCAAAACUUGAGGGAGACCAGAGACUCAUGAAGAAAUACAAAUGUGUAUGAGGUCCCCAUGGAGAAAAGGGGCAUAGGAAACUUCAUUACCUCCUUUUCCAGGGACCUGGGUGGAAUCCCAGGCUGACAUGAGGAAAAAGGAUGAGGACACUGGUAGGAAUCACUGAAUCCAGGUGUAAGGAUGAAAGCUACAAGACAGGGCUUUCAGAUUCUGGUGACCUCAACAGUCACACGUGUUUGGGUCGCAUCCUAUAAAUAGGAAGGCUGUUCAGGAGUUCUUGGCCUUCUUCUUCCCACCCCAGAGAUGGGGAAUAAAAGAAAAGCAACCAUUUGUGGUCCAUGCUGUCCAAUGUCAGGAACUAUGGCACUUACUUCCCUAGACUGUUCAGUAUGUGCCCAGUAAACAUCCCAGUAGAUUUAAGUUCCUGAUUUCUCUCAGACUGCUAUGCCCCUUAGCCAGGAGUGCCCCCUUCAGCACAAGGCAGGACCUGCCACAGCACAGACUCCAGGCUGGCUGCCCAGCAGAGCUGUUGCCACCACCAAGGAAGAGGUGAUUGUGGCUGUACUGAGUGCCCUGCUGUGUGCUCACCUUGUGGGUUCUAUAAGUGACUGUCAAACGCCUGAAGGAGAAGAUAAUCCAGCUCCCUCCUCCCCUUGUCAAAGAGCUGUCCACCCAUCCCACUGUCGGUGGGAGAAACUGAGGCAAAGAGCAAUGAAAGAUUUGGUCACUUGGGCUGGGUCCUGGCUCCCUAAUCUGGGCCAGGCAUCCUCCCUAUACGUCCUUAGUGACCCCAGAGCAGGUGAAAGAAACUCCGGCCACCUCCUCUUUCAGGAGGACCAAGCGUGAACCCAGGCGUCGGGGGAGAGGGUGUGUGUGCGCGCGCGCUGGGAAGAGGGGGAGCGGCUGCGUUCCCCUAGUCAAAGGGGGGUGGGGUGGGGAUGCCCGGGGCUCGGGGAGGGGCCAUAGCUUCGUCAGCCCUAGCAGAGCCACCCGUCAGUUCGGCUCGAGCAGAGCCAGAGCCCCCAGUGCUUUGCUCGCCCGCUCGUUCGCUAGCCCUUUCUAUCACUCCCUCUUUCCCUCCCUCCCUUCCUCCCGGCGGCCGCGGCGGCGCUGGGGAAGCGGCGAAGAGGAGUGGCCCGGCUCUGGAAGAAUGCAGCUCUGCCGAAGGGGCAGAACCCGUCGCAGUCACCCCACGGUUUAAGCAGUCCGAGCGGAGCCCAGGCGACCCAACCGUGUGGGUCACGGACUCUGCACCCGAACCGCUGGAGGCGCUGAUCAUCUGCGCACCGGAGCCUCCGGGCUUCGACAUGCUGGAGGAGCCCCGGCAGCGGCCUCCGCCCUCGGGCUUCGCGGGUCUUCUAUUCCUGGCCUUGUGCAGUAGGGCUCUAAGCAAUGAGAUUCUGGGCCUGAAACUGCCGGGCGAGCCGUCGCUGACGGCCAACACCGUGUGCUUGACGCUGUCGGGUCUGAGCAAGCGGCAGCUAGGCCUGUGCCUGCGCAGCCCCGACGUGACGGCGUCCGCCCUUCAAGGUCUGCAUAUCGCUGUCCACGAGUGUCAGUACCAGCUGCGCGACCAGCGCUGGAACUGCUCGGCGCUCGAGGGCGGCGGCCGCCUGCCGCACCACAGCGCCAUCCUGAAGCGUGGUUUCCGUGAGAGUGCUUUCUCCUUCUCCAUGUUGGCUGCUGGAGUCAUGCAUGCUGUUGCCACUGCCUGCAGCCUGGGCAAGCUGGUGAGCUGUGGCUGUGGCUGGAAGGGCAGUGGUGAGCAGGAUCGGCUGAGGGCCAAACUGCUGCAGUUGCAGGCACUGUCCCGGGGCAAGAGUUUUCCCCACUCCCUGCCCAGCCCUGUCCCAGGCUCAAGCCCCAGUUCUGGCCCCCAGGACACAUGGGAAUGGGGUGGCUGUAACCAUGACAUGGACUUUGGAGAGAAGUUCUCUCGGGAUUUUUUGGAUUCCAGGGAAGGUCCUCGGGACAUCCAGGCACGGAUGAGAAUUCACAACAACAGGGUGGGACGCCAGGUGGUAACUGAAAACCUAAAGCGGAAAUGUAAGUGCCAUGGCACUUCAGGCAGCUGCCAGUUCAAGACAUGCUGGAGAGCGGUCCCAGAGUUCCGGGCUGUGGGGGCAGCAUUGAGGGAGCGAUUGGGUCGAGCCAUCUUCAUUGAUACCCACAACCGCAAUUCUGGAGCCUUCCAACCCCGCCUGCGUCCUCGACGCCUCUCAGGAGAGCUGGUCUACUUUGAAAAAUCUCCUGACUUCUGUGAGCGAGACCCCACAGUGGGCUCCCCAGGCACAAGGGGCCGAGCCUGCAACAAGACCAGCCAUCUGUUGGAUGGCUGUGGCAGUCUAUGCUGUGGCCGAGGGCACAAUGUGCUCCGGCAGACAAGAGUUGAGCGCUGCCAUUGCCGUUUCCACUGGUGCUGCUAUGUGCUGUGUGAGGAGUGCAAAGUCACAGAGUGGGUCAAUGUAUGUAAGUGAGGGUGAGCCUGACCCUGGCACUAGGUAAAGGUACUGUGUGAAAGGGCAGCUUUUCAGCCCUUUGCUCUGAUUUCUGUUUAGGGUCAAUCUUGACACCCUGGAAGUUCAAAGUAUCUAUCUGGAAAUGGCUUUGGGAGUGGUGAGGUUUAGGUGAGGUCUGUGAUGUGCGGCCUUUUCCCCAUAGUUGCAGGGUGGUUGGGGGAAACUGUUACCCCUAUUUUGCUCCUUAAACAUCUGAAUGGACUAAGUUGAAAUGCACUGUCAUGCUCCCCUCUUCUCAAAUCCAGGGCCCCUUCUCAACUCCAGGCUUCUGUUGUUCAUACUCCUUUGGGGGGGGGGGGAUUCCUUAAGGUUUGGCUGUCCUCUCCCUUAAGGGAUAGUCCAAGCAUUGUGUGGAGCCAUUAAGACCAGUUUCUAGAAAGGAAUCACCACUCAUGUUACCUUUCCCAUAAUUCUCUACCACAGCCUAGACUUUCUCUUGUGGGGUCAAGGGAGACAGUAGGAGUAGAGAAGUUUUUCUUGGGGAAGGAACAGAGUACUAGAGAGUACUCUCCCCCAAAUCUCACAAAAACUAUCCAUGUAGACCCUUAGGGAAGUUGUUUCCUUCCAUUCAGAUGUUAAAGGGGACCUGCCAAAGGAAGGGUUUACCUAAGAUUCUUGGAGCCUGUUUUUUCUUCUUUAGCAGGAGGAAUGGGAAUGGAUAAUUUAUUGUACUGAGACUUGUUCUUGGUUCCAGUUUGAAACUAAAAUAAAUUAAGUUACUGAA